AUGAAUCUUGUUUUCUUUUCCGCAGGUGGGGCGUCCCGGAGGGUUCGGACCAGGGGCAGGCAGGAGGCCACGUCGGUGAUGUCAGACAGAGACAAAGCCAAGCUGGGUGUUGUACCUCGGCCUUGGGAGCGCUGUAGCGUUGUGUUUUCUGGCAGCAGGAGCAGGAGAAAUGCCCAAACCCUGGAGAUGGUCGUGGUUCAGUGGCUCAAACAGAAACCGACGCCACUCUGGCCCAUCUCGCCACCGGACUUUGACUUUGUAAUGUUUUAUCAUAUCGGCCGAGUGCUGCUGUUGCUCCUGCUGUCUCUGCUCCCGGCGGUGGGCGGAGCUAACGUCCACAGCGGCGGUGAAGGACUGCAGGGGGGCCCCACGGUGGGUCUGCUGCAGGGGCCCGAAGACACACGCUUCCCCCUCACCCGGCCAGAGGUCCCUGAGGAGGAGGAGCCAGAGGAAGACCACCCAGACCCCGAGUGGCACAACAUCUACGAUGCGUACGUUGUGGACGAGACGGACGACCACCGCAGUCUGCGCUGGACGGGCCGUUCCCCGCGCUCCUCUGAGCCCACGGCGCCGCAGCCCAAAGCCUCGACCAAGAGGAACAGGAAGAGGAAGAAAGAGUACGAGGCGGAGGAGGACACGGGGGGCGGGCGGCGGAGGGGGAAGCCCAGGCACAGCAGCAGAGACUGUCGCGUGGAGCGGCGCCAGAUGAAGGUGCGGGACCUGGGCCUGGGCUACGACUCCGACGAGAUCAUUCUGUUUAAGUACUGCGUGGGCUCGUGCCAGGCGUCCAGGACCACUUACGACCUGGCGCUCAAGGCCCUGCUCCAAAACGGGUCUUUACCUCGACGGACCGCGCGCAAAGUUAGCAGCCACCCCUGCUGCCGCCCGGACCGCUACGAGUCCGUGAGCUUCAUGGACGCACACACCACCUGGCAGACCAUCGACUCACUCUCCGCUGCUAGCUGUAUGUGCAUGGGCUGA